AUGAAUCAAGUUCUGUUAUUUAAUAAUUGUGGUCGUGGAGAAGUACCUCGUUUAAUAUUUGCUGCAGCUGGCCAAAAAUAUGAAGAUAUUCAUUAUGAAGAUGAUGAAUGGUUAUUACAUAAAUCUGAAAUGCCUAUGCUUGAAGUUGAUAGUACAAAAUUACCACAAUCAAAAGUUAUUGCUCGUUUUCUUGCUAAUUCGAUGAACAAGAUGAUGCUAAAAGAGAAGAACUUUCUAAAUAGUUAUCCAUUAUUAAAACAAAAUCGUGCAGAAGUUGAAAAACAACCAAAAAUUGCAGACUAUCUUAAAAAUCGAUCUAAAACAUCAAUUUAA